AUGCCAUCUGUUAAAGAGAAGCAAGACGACAGUAACCUCUACGCUAAUCAAAUGAAAAGAGAGAAACUUAAUGGAGACAACACCAAUAAACCCAUUCAAUUCGCUUCACCUAAACAACGCAGUAAAAUUCUGGACUUUGUCGGUUCACCGAGCAAGAAAGGUAAGACACCAUCGAAGAAGACUCGUAGCGAUGGUUUAUUUCAACUCACACCAAUUGAUCCUAUCGAUGAGGUACAAGAUUUGCUUGAAAAAGAAGAAACUACAAUACCUGAGAAUACAAAUUCUUCACAACUGGAUGUCUACAAGAUGGAGAAUAUGAUAGAUUUGCAACAAUUAUUGGACAAAGAAAAUAACAUCAAUAGGGAAUUUAAUAGAAAUUCAAGCGAGGGAGCUUCAAAUAAUGACCAUUCCUCCUCUAACAACGCUACUACGUCGAGUAAGACAUUAUCAAAUAAUGUUGAUACCGAGGAUCUUAAUCACGUUGGGUGCAAUGGAAAAUCAUCUAAUGGCAAACCCACCAACAAUGAUCAUUACUUACAAGAAAUUACACUAGAUAUCCUUGAUCAUAAUGAAAGACUCGAGUUGGAAUUACGUAAACAAAGAUGGCAAAUGUGUACACUCGAUGAAUGGAAAUCCGAUGGCUUGGAAAUAAUAGAUGAAUUUGCUGAAUUGAUUCGUCAAGUUCAAGAGAGAGUUACAUCAAAGAUAGAUAACAUGACUGAUUUCAUAAAUCGCAUUAAAGAAGGCAAAAUCGUACUCAAAGAACAAAAGCAUAAAUUAGAUGUAUCAAAAGAAGAAGUAAAUGAAGCGACUAAAUCACUAAUUCUUAAGAAAAAGUAUAUCAAAUAA